CCUUUCUUUCAGCCGUGAAAGAAAACUGUUCAGGAGGUUGUCGGGAUCUGCUUCAUGGAUAAUUGUGGGACGCUGAACGGUCUGCUCGCACGUUGAGAGACCGCUUUGCGUUCCAUAGGGUUCCCCAGCCUGCUUGUUCCUGUCGACCUGCCUAUAACCACAGCCAUUCCAACUGAACAUACACAACCAAAGAGGUCUGUUCAUCUGCCGCAGAUGGGAUAUCUUCAGGCAUGACUCUAGACAAACGCGCUGAACAUGCACCCUUUACCCCGACCCCCUCGAAAUCUCCUCCCCUAGCCAUGUCGAACCGAAGUCCCUGGCUUAUGGACGAAACCAAGCGAAACAGACUGCUCAAGAGGUACAAAACCCAGGUGGCCUCGGCGACUUCGACAGUUUGUGCCACCCUCGCUGUGACUCCAUUGGAAAAUGUCAAAACUCGUAUGCAGACACAUAAUUUCAAGAAUGUCUUCCAAUGCGUCCGCUACCUGUGGCGUACCGAAGGACCCCGCGGUUACGUUGCUGGAGCCCUGCCACCUCUAGCAAGCGUUACGGCGGUCCGAGUGGUUAACUUUACAACCUACAACGCGGCCAAACAUCGAAUCUCCGAUUUCAUUGAGAGAAUGACCGGGGAAUCGCCACUGGCGAUGUAUAACCAGCCAGGCAGUAGCCCCACUUUGUCUACGCUGUUCACCUUCACCGGUGCUGGCCUCGUUGCUGGCCUUAUAACCUCCCCCCUAGCCUGCCCCUUUGAGCUCGCCAAAAAUGUGGUUCAGACCUCGGUCUUGGUUUCGAACCGUGCACAGGCCGCCCCGGACGCAGUCAAUGAUCCUUCUCUUCGCAAAAAACCACGCCUGGGAACCGUCGAGGCCAUCAAACAGAUCAUUCAGCGGUAUGGUAUCCGCGGGUUGUACACGGGAUUUCAUCUUCACGCCAUGCGGGAUACGCUCGGCUCUGGUCUCUAUUUCACCGUCUAUGAAACUGUCAAACAACUUGCAGCGAAGGAGCUGGGUCCUGACAAGUCUCCGUUCGGAGCGCCCAUGAUCGCGGGUGCCAUUUGCAGCACCGUCCCUUGGUUCUGUACCUAUCCACUUGACACCCGGAAAACUCGCGCACAGAGUGUCCUGCUCGGAAAAACAAAGGAGGUGGGCGAGGCAACGGCCGCCGUAGCCAAAUCGAGCAUGUACAAGGGACUUUCGAUUAUAUUGAUACGGACGGGGGUCAAUAAUAUGAUCCUCCUUAGUAUCUUUGAGUAUAUCAAAAUGAGGAUAAACGAGCUGGACUAGUAUAUGAUGAAAGGCUCACUGACCGGUUGGAAUGCGUACAGUACAGUACAUGUGUAUGUGUGUGUGGGUGUGGGUGUAUUGUUG